UGCUCAAUAAUAUCUAGUGGUUACUCUACCCGGAAAAGAACGAGUUCGAGGCAGAAAAUUACUUCUCUCUUUGAUCUGAAUUAUUCCGUAUUAACGGAAGUCUGCCAUAAUGCGACGUAUCGGUUCUGUGCAGCAAAAGAUAUCGUGUGUGUUUUUGACUGAGGUGAAAGAGGAACAAUCCAGAAAACGCGAAUGUCAACAGUUUCAGGUUGUAGCCACUGAAAAUGUGAACCCUAUAGCACUGGAAUCGAAUAUUGACUGUGCACUUGCCACAGAAAAGCUGGAUGGCACCUGCUGCUAUGUUUCAAUAUAUAAAGGGCAAUCAUACCUCUGGGCUCGACUAGAUCGGAAGCCCACUAAGCAGGCAGACAAGAGGUUCAAGAAGCAUCAGUAUUCCCACAAAAGUUACAAAGGUUUCACGUGGAAUGUGAAAGAAGACUUUAAGACGGUUCCAGAGUCUUGGGUCCCGGCACACAGAGUUCAGCACCACAAUGGACAGCCUGUACCAGAUGACCACGGACACAUCCCAGGUUGGGUUCCAGUGGAGAAAGACAACAAGCAGUACUGUUGGCACUCGUCUGUUGUGGACUAUGAUGCUGGUGUAGCGCUGGUUCUGAGGCCCAGUGCUGAGAAUGAAGACCUGCUAGAGAUCACCAUGGUACCACUGGCUGAUCUCCUGGAGCAAACCCUGGAGCUUAUUGGAACCAACAUCAAUGGGAACCCAUAUGGGUUGGGAAGUAAAAAGCAGCCUGUCCACAUCCUGGUUGCCCAUGGGAGUGUACACAUCAGGAACCCUCCCCCGGUGGACUACCAGCAGUUGUGUUCCUGGUUCCAGGACAGCCAGGAGGGCCGUGUUGAGGGCAUCGUCUGGCACUGUAAUGACGGGACACUGGUCAAGCUCCAUCGUCAUCACCUGGGGCUGAGAUGGCCGGAUGGCGACACCAUCCUGAACGCUCGGCCUGUGGUCGUCCACGUCGACGGGACCAUACGAGAGUAUGACAUCACCAGCAAGGACUUGUUUACAUCUCUAUCUCAGUUAAACGGACAUCGCUUCAGCAGACUGCAGGACAUCCAGUUUGACCCUUAACCUUUAUUUAACCAGGAAGUCCUAUUUAGGUCAGAAGACCUUUAUCCCUAAAUCCACCAGGAGCUGCCCGGAGUCUUAAGAAACAUUCCUGUCAGUGGGGUCGAUCAGGCUCCCUUGGGGUAAUAAUGUCUCAUAGUGAUUAUAUGAAGGUCUAUGUCAUUAGUGUUGGAAAUGUGUGAUAGCAGUGCAGCAAUGGCAGCUUUCUGUGUUAUCACUUUCAUUCAUCCCUCCAUCCCAUUCAUUUUUCCCAUAGGGAUUUUACCCUAUGACAGACGUGGUCAGUAUACAACAAGUUAUUGCUCACGUAUACCCUGUAAUCAUAUAGUAUUAGAAAGCUUAGACUCACAGCUAUCCAUCAGAUACAUUCUCGCAAUGUUCAGGUCAACUGAACUUUGACCUCUAUGGUACAUAUUAGAUAUAUAUAUAUUAGAUGGACCUGUAUAAAUUGCAUUAAAAAGGAAAUCCGCAUACAUUUAAAACUUUGUUUAACAAGUCAUGAAAUGACAUUUCAAAUUAUAUAUAAUAUUACCUACUUUGAAUGUGCUAGCUACAACUAUUGUAAAAAUAAAAUCACCCAUAUUGUGCCAUUGACAUUAGAACGUUUUAAGCUUAACCAAUGAAUUACAUGUAAUGGGGCAGCUACGCUUUUGGAUUGUAACUUCGGUGAUAGGAACACCAAAUUUCACACGCUCAGCUAGAACAGGGUUUAAAAAAUAUUUGUAGAUACAGGGCCACUACAGCAUUAACCCCACUGAAGCCUUUUUCCAAUAUGGCCGCCAAACAACUCAAUUGGGUGUUAUCGGAUACAUUUUGCAUUAUCAUACCUGUAUUAGAAUACAUCUUGAUUUAAACUAUGUGUAAUGGUUUGCUGCUCUCAUCAUCCAGAUAUUAGGUUGUAACGUAUGCAGUCCUCUAAUGAAAACAGUUAAUAUUUUCAUCAGCUCACAUCCAUGUCUAUUCACUUGUACAUAUGCAUGUUUGAAGAUUAAAUAUAGCAAUUACUGAUCAUAACAGCUUCUUGGGCAUAUUCUAACCACAAUUAUGUCAAGUCAUUUAACAUUGUUAUAUGUUAUAGCACACCUGUGUAUUCUACAUCACUAAGAACAUUUCAAGAUAUUAUUGGGAAUAAUAUAUUUUUUUCAUACAGGUAUGGUAAUGCAACAUUUAUCCAAUAAGACCCUUUUUAGUUGUUUGGCGGCCAUGUUGGGGGAAAAAUGAUGUGGGGUUCAUGCGUGAAUCCUGUGAUGGUCCUGAACACUCUAAGAAUGUCUCUGAUGGAACGCAGAGAAAGCUACCAUUGCUGUACUACUAUCACACACAUCUAACUCGAGGGACAGACCUUACAAAGAAAUCACUGAGAUAUCGUCACCACGAGAGCCUGACGGCCCAGAAUUAGGGGCCUUGCUCCAGGACUGUAAGCUUCCAUACUGUAUUACCAUUAGUAUGGUUGAACUAGACUAAAUAGUGGGGUCACCAGUGAAACAACGGUGAGUGCAGUGUUCAAUCUGGUUUAACCUGGCUAUAUGUCUUCCAAUAUGAACGAACCUGUCCAAUAAAAAGCCUGUAAAUAUAUUGAA